AUGCUGAGUGCCUUUCUUGGCGCCCUCGGUUUCUUGACCGGCGUCCUCCCCCACUGGGAGGAUGGUUCUCAUCACGAAUGCCGCUGGUGCACGCUGCUGGGGAACGCAGCGUACUAUCUGACGUUGCUUCUCUUCCCACGACGGCGGAUGGUGUUCCUGGACCGUGCCUGCGUGAUGCAGUCGGAUGAGGCCCUAAAAGCAGAAGCAGUCGUGAGCAUGGGGGGCAUCCUGAAGAGCUCGAAGUCCAUGCUGGUCCUGUGGGAUCGCACAUAUGUGACCAGAUUGUGGUGCAUGUUCGAGCUCAGCGCCUUCCUACACAGCCGGAGGGAGCAGAGAAGGGAUUUGACAAUUUGCCCAAUUCACCUGGGCCCAGUGAUGUUCGGAGGACAGCUUGGCCUCACCAUGCUGGUCCUAGUGGCUGUGUUCUGGAAGGAAAAUACGUGGGUGCUUGACUUCAGGAUCCUAACCGGCCUCGGUCUUAUCCUUUGCUUCACCGUCGUGGCGCACGUAAUGCGUGCUUCCUGGCGGGACAUCGACGUGAUGAAUCAGCAGCUCAGUGAGUUUCGCAUCGAGCACGCUCGCAGCCAGUGCUGUGAGAAGAAGCCUACACAUCCAGUUGUGUGCGACCGGGUUAUCCUUCUUCGAUGCAUCACCGCUUGGUUCGGUUCGAUCGAGAAGUUUGAGAAAUGUGUGCGAAAGGUGGUUCAAGAUGCUCUCCUCCGCCACCUUAUGAAGGAAGGUUUUUCAUACUCCCGCAUGGUACAGCUGAAUGCCCCAGCGCUGUGGUUUUUCCUUGACCGCAGCUUCACCUAUGAGACAGACGAUGAGCGGAUUGCUGGUGCAGUCCAGGCGUUUACGCAUUGGCUGGUGGUUGGACCUGUGUUUGCCCAAACUGGUCUCUGGAUCGUUUUUCAUCUGCGAAGCCGAUGCUGUACGGGAUGUCUCGAUGUCUUGGUUUCGGUGAUUGCCGUGGUGAUCGAAGCCGUUGUGAUCGGCCUGACUGCAUCACUGGAGAACGAUGUAGUCUACGGAUACACACCGAACCGGCUCAGUGGAUCACUUCUGUACUUGGGCAUCAUGGCCAUCGUGGCGUUGGUCCUGUUUCAAUGUUCUCCUUUCCUGCGGCCGAUGGCACGAAAGCAAGCACCAGAUCGUGGGCACAGUUAUUCUCCUGACAUAGCCGAAAGGAUCGGGUCGGAUCCUGUUGGGCCUGCAAGCGCAGGUCUUGAAACUAGCAGUGAGUAG